AAAGAUUUUAGUAGAGAAAGAAGCCAUCUUGGCGGAGAGCUUUGAAGCCACUAUCGCCACCGGCGAGCGAUCCAUGAAGCUUGGCUCUCCGCCGCCUCCCAUGUCUUCCGGCGACCCUCUCCGGCAACCACCUCCGUGCCCCCACCUCGCCGGCUAUCGCUCCAACGCCCACGGCCUUUCCAAGCCCUUCCGAUCCCUCCAGCGCUGCCUCCGCGCUCGCCCUCCCGGCCGUGCUGAGAUCCGCCGCGACCCUCACGAGAUCCCCCGCUGCGGCCCUUGCAGCCCCUCCCCUUCCUCCCGCCUCUACGCCUGCCUCGCCUGCGCCGCCGUCUCCUGCCCCUCUCACGCUCCCGCCCACGCUGCCGCCCGCCCUGGCCACGAGAUCGCCGUUGACGUCGACCGAGCCGAGCUGUUCUGUUGUGCGUGCCGUGACCAGGUCUACGAUCGCGAUUUCGACGCCGCUGUUGUGUUGGCUCAGAACAUCCCUUCGUCCUCCUCUGCCUCGCCGCCAUCUGGGUGUUUGAGGAAGCGCCGGAGGGUGGAUUACAGGCCCUGGACUCCGGGGCCAGUCGAGCGGGCCGUGGUCGGGAAGGGAUCGAGCCCGCUGCCGUUUCCUGGUGGAUCUGAGCUGCCGCAGGGACUGAGAGGGUUGAAUAAUCUCGGGAAUACUUGCUUUAUGAACUCGGUGUUGCAGGCAUUGCUGCACACCCCGCCGCUCAGAAACUACUUUUUGAGCGAUCGCCAUAAUCGAUACGUUUGCCAGCAGAACGGGAGGAAGAAGAGAGGGGGAAAUGCGGAUGGUGGUGAGAGUAGGGUUUGCUUAGCCUGCGAUCUGGAUGCAAUGUAUUCAGCUGUCUUUUCCGAUGAACGAUUGCCGUAUAGCCCUGCUAGAUUCCUUUACAGUUGGUGGCAGCAUGCAUCAAAUCUUGCAAGUUAUGAGCAACAGGAUGCACAUGAAUUUUUCAUUUCUAUGCUCGAUGGGAUCCAUGAAAAAGUGGAUGAACAUAAACCUGCGAGCCCAGGCAAUGAAGAAUGUUGUAUAGCCCACAGGGUGUUCUCUGGUAUUUUGAGAUCUGAUGUGACUUGUACUAUUUGUGGCUUCACAUCGACCACCUACGACCCGUGUGUGGACAUUUCACUGGACUUAGAUUCUAACCAUUCUUCAAUAAAGGUCGCCUCAUCCAAAUCUCAUGCAAGUAAUGGUGAGACACAAUCAAUAUCAGGUAGCCAGAACUUCGACAUAUCUACACUAAGGGGAUGUUUGGAGCGUUUUACAAGGCCUGAAAGAUUAGGAUCAGAUCAGAAAUUUUUCUGUCAACACUGUCAAGUGAGACAAGAAUCCUUGAAACAAAUGUCAAUCAGGAAACUUCCUCUGGUUACUUGCUUUCACAUUAAAAGAUUCGAGCAUUCAUCAAUCAGAAAAAUGUCAAGAAAGGUUGACCGCUAUCUACAAUUCCCAUUUUCUCUAGACAUGGCACCUUAUAGUUCUUCCUCAAUUCUGAGAAGUAGAUUUGGCAAUCGUAUGUUUGCAUUUGAUGGUGAUGAGUCAGAUGAAUCGACCGAGUUUGCUUCAGAAUUUGAAUUAUUUGCAGUGGUCACCCAUAGUGGUAAAUUAGAUGCUGGACAUUAUGUAACUUUUCUGCGUCUUAAUAAUCUAUGGUACAAAUGUGAUGAUGCAUGGAUCACUCAUGUCAGUGAAAAUAUUGUCAGAGCUUCACAGGCAUAUAUGCUCUUCUAUGUUCAGAGGAAGCUUUAUUACAAGGCAAGUGAGCAUGCGGCUCCUUCUUGAUCAUUUCAUAAAUGGUGGUCAUUAAGGUACUCAUGCUGAAAAAAUUGAUGAUCCAAUUUUUUUUUCCAAUCUUCCUGAGCUGUUUACCUUUCACUCUGUUUUUGCGGAGUAUAAUGAGCAAAUUUUGUACCGGAUAAACCAAUAUAUAUUUUAUUGGUGGGAUAUGAUAGAUUCUUCUUAA